AUGUGGAUCUCGGACGACGAAGCGGGCGUCGUCGCGCGCUACAAUGCCAUGGCGCAUCUCGACGCCACGUGCUUGAUCUGCCUCGAGGUGCCCCGGGCCACGCGUGCCAACGACGCCGCCGACGACGUGCGUGUGCGCCGGUGCGACGACUGCGACGCUCUCUUUUGCGGCGGCUGCUACCGCCUGUACGUGACGCACAAGAUUGUCAAUGGCCAGGUCGCGCCGCACCAGCUCGUGUGCCCCGGGCCAUGCCGACGGCCGAUCUCGCGCAUCGCGCUCGCGCAGGUCGUGUCGGCGAGCCUCGUCCAAAAGUACGUGCUCUUCCUCGAAGCGUACGAGCACCGGCAGCGCGGCCAUCGCUUCUGCCCACGACCCCAGUGCGGCCAGCUGCUUCCGUCGCCGAAGGCGCGCCAGAAGAAGACCAAGCGCCGCGUCGAAUGCAACCGCUGCCGCCAUGCGUCGUGCCGCGACUGCGGCGGCGCGUAUCACCGGUGGCCGCAGUGCGACCGCGCGUACCAGUCGUGGUGCCACGCGCACGCGGCGCAGCGCUGCCCACUGUGCUCGGCCACGAUCGAGAAGCAUGGCGGCUGCAACCACAUGACGUGCACGCACUGCUACUACCAGUUUUGCUGGCGCUGUCAUUCCAAGUGGGACGACCACAACACGGCGCUGUGUUGGCCGCUCGCGUACCUCCGCUCGAAACACAAGCUGUUUGGCCCGAUCGCGCCGGUCCGGUUGGUGACCAAGGCGGUCGUUGGCACCGUCGGCGCCGGCGUCGCCGUCGUUGCGGGCGCCGUUGCCGUGGGUGUCGCCGCCGCCGCGUUGCCGCCGCUUGCCGUGUACUAUGGCGUUCGCGCCCUUCGUCACCACUAGUCGGAACUACGUGUGACGAGUGUGUACCCUUGUAUCCUAAAAAGCAUUCUGUUGUAUUAACACC